AUGGCCACUUUCCUCCUUCCACAACCUCCAGAUAUCUCGCCCAUUCAUCGACUCCCCCCUGAGCUUCUCAUCGACAUCCUCGUCCAUUGUUCUGACCAGCCUUCUGACCAGCUCACUCCCGUCAUCUUCGGCCGGGUCUGUCGCUACUGGAAAGACGUCUCUCGCCUCUCGCCACGCAUAUGGCAGCACAUCUACCUCUUCGAGUCCAAUGGAACAGCCAUCUCGCACGACCAGGCCAUCUACUGGAUGGCGCGGUCCGCCCCACUCCCGUUUGAUGUGCGUAUAGAAGCAUCUACGACGGAUAUGAUCUUGCCCUUGCUCUCGCCCAUCAUGUCCAACAUGCAGCGUCUGCGCAGAUGCGUGAUCUCCGGGCGACACCAGGACGAGUUCGACUUCGAGAAGUACGCAUUCGAUCGCACCAGGGGGUGCCUGGUCGACGAGCUCGACCUCCUCAUCAAGGGCGUGUCUGCCCUGGACGCGCUCGGCCUCAAUACCGUCCCGGACCCUGCGGAGGACAGGAUGCACUCGUCCAUAUUCCGUGCGCACUGUCCCGCAGACGGGCCCCCAGAGCUCGCGCUCCGACUCUCGGUGUACGCCCUCCCGCUCCAGAGCGUCAUGAAGCCCGUCCCGGUCAAGUCGCUCUCCAUCACCGAGGCGUCGCUCGACGUCCUCACGGACGUCGUCCGCAUGCUUAAUUUUCUCAGGUGCACCCCCAUGCUCGAGACUCUCCAUUUUACAGGCUACCCGCAGGAGGGCGAGCCGAUCCAACCGGGGCAACUCUUCCCCGUCACGCUCAGUCGCCUCCGGACGCUCCGCUUACGGAGCACGGUGUCCGUCCGGGCGAUUCUCGACCACGUUGACGCGCCUGCACUGGAUGAGCUCUACCUGGAACACACGAAUGUGGAUGUCGAGCUUAGGACGGAGCCUUAUGUGGCACAGCGCUCGCCGCCAGACGAGGGCGAGUCAGACGAUGAGGCACACGACUUUUCUCAGUCCCCUUGGUCGGACCACUGCACAGGCAUGGGCCUCCGCACACUCCUCAAGCGCUCCCGCCCGCCCCUGCGCGUGCUGCUCAUGGACUACGCCGACAUGCGUACCAAGGACUUCCGAUGGUGCUUCGACCACCUCCCCCACCUCCGCGAGUUCCGCAUCGUCGGCUCCGACAUGUCCGACCGCGUCGUCGGCAUGCUCGCCCCGUACCAGAAGCGGCGGAUGGCGUUCGGGCUCGCGAACAUCAACCCGCGCGACGCCGAGGACCCGAAGGGGUCGUGGGCGGUGCGCCUGCCGAGCCUCACGAAGCUCGCGGUGUGGCAUUGCCAGAGAGUGACGGGGGACGCGGUCGUGCAGGCGCUGCGGGAGCGGGUCGCGUUUACAGACAGGGCGGCGGAGGAGGGACGGGGGGAGACGUUGGAGAGUAUCGCAGUCGUUGGAUGCUCGGAGUUCCUGUUUCAGCACGGACAGGCGCUGGCAGAGACGCUUGGGGAGCGGAUGCGGCUUUCGUAGGCUGGAUGCUCAGGUUCUCUGAUGCCCUCAGGCAUGAGGGGUGUAUAUUUGCCUUGUCUCGUGGUCAAAUAUGGAGUGACAAUGCAGGAUAUAUGUAGAUGACUUGUACUUGUAGGGUAGGUUCGGCCCCUCACCUAGCUGUAUGAUAUAAUGGUGCUUUGCUGUACAUUUUGCACUAUACGCUAUCAUGUUAUUGUACGAGUAGAACUACAUGCAAUAGGGCUCUCUCGCCACGCAUACAGCCAGUCGUCGUCCCGUGUGGGAGAUAAUUCCAGAUGAGUCGGUCCUUCGUCCUUAUUGCCCAUCCUCAUCCGUUCUUUGCGAUGUCAGACCCGACGAAGUGUCAUAGGAAGUGCGCCCAGAACGAGAGUUUAUGUCGGCGAAAGCAAUAGGUCCUGUGUAAACCAUUGGGGAGCCGACGGCCCCCUCUUGCAUUUGAACAUCGCUGCCUUUCUCGAAUGCCCCAGCCGCAACGCUAUU